AUGAAGCUCUCCUCACACAGAAAAGCCUAUACAACGGAAACGCCAGGCCGCAACACCAUCCAAGGUCGUGGAGCGUUCCGUGGCCAAAAACGCAGAAGAAGACCCUCUCCGUCGACCAAGUCGACAGUGCCAGUCUGCACGCACUGCACAAAGAGAGGGCAUUCAGACGACAAGUGCUACAGCAAGCACCCUGAAUUGGCUCCAAAGAGAGCCCAGACCCCUGGAGCUUCAGCUUGCGUCACCGAGGUGCUCAUCACCGAGACACCUACAUUGAUUACCCAGGCCAUCCAAGAUGAAGAUGCUGUACAAGCGUUCAGCACUGGCACACGAAUUGCACCCACGCAAUGGAUAUGCGACACUGCAUGCGACACCCAUAUGAUCAGUUCACCUGAUUAUUUCAUUGCCAACACGGCCAGGCCCCAUGCGACAUCAAUUCGCACAGCGCUCAACACCAAGAAUGUUCUUGAUGCUAAGCGCUGUGCGGAUGGACGACGCAUGUGGCUUGGCUGUGUUGGCGAUGAAACCUCGGGGGAAUUUAGUUCGAAGGAAACGCAGGAACCGAUCAGAUAA